CUCGAAAAACCGAAGACUGAAGUAAGGAGGGCGUAAGAAAACAUGGGUUUCCGGUUCUUGUUGUUCUUGUUGCUCUGCGUUACCAGCGAAGGCGUGGUGAGAGGGGUGCUUGGCGCUGGCGGCUUGGCGUGCAACUGGGGAACCCGUUCCACACACCCGUUGCCUCCUAAGAUUGUCGUCAAGCUUUUGAAGGACAAUGGCUUCAGCAAGGUGAAGCUGUUCGAAGCUGAUGCCGGGGCAUUGCAAGCUCUGGGAAGGUCUGGCAUCCAGGUUAUGGUGGGGAUACCUAAUGAUCUAUUGGCACCACUUGCUAGUAGUGUUACUGUCGCUGAGAAGUGGGUGUCUCAAAAUGUAUCUUCCUACAUAUCUAAAAACGGCGUUGAUAUAAGGUAUGUGGCCGUGGGCAAUGAACCUUUCCUCACAGCCUACAAGGACACUUUCUUGCAAACCACGCUUCCAGCACUGCAAAAUAUUCAAGCAGCCCUCAUAAAAGCAGGGCUAGGGAGGCAAGUGAAGGUGACGAUUCCCAUAAACGCCGACGUUUACCAGACUGACUCCGGCCUUCCCUCCGGAGGCGACUUCCGGUCCGACAUCCGCACCCUCAUGAUGUCCAUCAUGAAGUUUCUAAGCGACAACAACGGCGUUCUCACCAUCAACAUCUACCCUUUCCUCAGCCUCCAAGCCGACCCCGAUUUUCCAAAAGAAUACGCCUUCUUCAACAACACUGCGAAGCCCGUUGUCGAUGGCUCGAUCUCCUACACCAACGUGCUUGAUGCCAACUUCGACACCUGCAUUGCCGCCCUCGAAAAGAACGGCUUCUCCAAAUUGCCUGUCAUUGUUGGAGAAGUCGGAUGGCCAACGGAUGGUGACCCUAAUGCCAACAUACAAGACGCCCGGCGGUUCAAUCAAGGCCUUCUAAACCGAAUCCUUGCGGGACAAGGCACCCCAAAGAGGUCAGCCGCGCCCGACAUUUACAUAUUUGCACUCAUAGAUGAAGAUGCCAAGAGCGUUCUGCCCGGGAAUUUCGAGAGGCAUUGGGGGAUGUUCAAUUACGACGGAUCACUCAAAUACCCGUUGGACAUGGGUAGCGGAAAAUCUUUGGUUCCGGCGAAAGGGGUGAAGUAUUUGCCUAGACAAUGGUGCGUAAUGUCGCCGGACGCGAGCACUUCCGAUCCAAAUUUGGCUCAAAGUAUCGACUAUGCUUGCUCCCAUGCAGAUUGCACAAGUCUUGGAAAUGGAUCUUCUUGUGGAAUGCUUGAUGCUAAAAGCAAUGUCUCUUAUGCUUUCAACAUGUACUUCCAAACAAUGGACCAGCGCAACGAUGCCUGCAACUUCUCUAGUCUUUCAGUCAUUACGAAGACGGAUCCAACUCCGACUCAGAAUGGUUCGUGCCGGUUCCAGAUCAUGAUUGAUCUCGAAAAGUCUCGACCGCGGUCUCCUGCUUCGCCGGCUGCUGGAUUGAGAGAGCACAGCUCCUACAAAGUUGCGAUGGGGUUACUUGCGCUUGUUCUAGUAUCCACAUUGAUCAUCUAAAUUUUCACCACCACUUGUAUUGUAUAUAUUUUAAGGGUUUACUUUGCAAUGAAUCGAUGCUGAUUGUUUUUUACCUA